CUGAUCCAUCUGUCUGGCCCUGCUAUAAAAGAGGGAGGAAGAAAGUGAAAAGGCCAGAAAGAGACCGGCGAAAGCAGCAGAAAGGAGGCGAAAGAGCUUGCACAACACACACACACACUCGUCUGCGCACCGGUAUAAAGAUGAAAGGCACGCAAUUCCUCGCUGGUCUUCUGCUUCUCUUCUUCAUCCACAGCAGCCUGGAGCUGCCGCUAAAAGACGUCACAAGCUCAGAGACAGAAGCGCGUGUGUGGGAGGAGAGGAAAGAUUUCCCACUGGUGAAGAGGCAUUCGGAGGGCACCUUCUCCAACGACUACAGCAAAUAUCUGGAAACGCAGCGGGCGCAGGACUUUGUGCAGUGGCUGAUGAACUCUAAGAGGAGUGGCGGGCCGGUCCGGCGCCACGCCGACGGCACCUACACCAGCGACGUCAGCGCCUACCUGCAGGACCAGGCGGCUAAAGAUUUCAUCACCUGGCUAAAGAGCGGACAGCCCAAACAAGAAGGUUCUGGGAAACGAGGGGUAGAAGCAGUACACAGGAGACACGUGGAUGGAAGCUUCACCAGUGACGUCAACAAGGUGCUAGACAGUAUGGCCGCUAAGGAAUACCUACAGUGGGUCAUGAGCCAAUCAUCAGGGACGAGCGGCAAACGGCACUGAAAGCAGCGAG